AUGUUGCAGUGGCCAACGUGGUUCUACCGACCGGAUUUCCCUCUCGGUACGUCACUACCUGCCAGCCACGUUUCGAACGUCAGCAGUGUUCCUACUUCGUCGCCUUUAUGCUCCAGAAGUCACUCGCAACCGGAGGCGCCCAAGGCUCCUGAUUUUCUCGAUGGCAAUAAAAUUCACGGGCAAACUCCGACGAUAUGCACGGCUGCCCAUGGCGACCGGGAAGAAAGAGCGAGUGAAUCUCGUUACGAUGUCGUUAUUAAAAUUCCACCCGGGACGCUGUCACCUGCGUUGAAAUUAUCGGCUGAUUGA